UCCAUGGCGAGCGGAAGGGCUUGGGAGCGCCAGUUCCACCUGUGUGUUCGAGUGGACAAAAUGGUGAAGAUUGCCAAGACUCAUGAAGAUAUCGCACAGAUUCAAGAAAUUCAAGGCAAGAAGGCAGCUCUUGAUGAAGCUCAAGGAGUGGGCCUUGAUUCUACAGGUUAUUAUGACCAGGAAAUAUAUGGUGGAAGUGACAGCAGAUUUGCUGGGUAUGUGACAUCAAUUGCUGCAACUGAACUUAAAGAUGAUGAUGAUGACUACUCAUCAUCUACAAGUUUGCUUGGUCAGAAGAAGCCAAGAUACCAUGCCCCUGUGGCAUUGCUUAGUGAUAUACCACAGUCAACGGAACAGUAUGAUCCAUUUGCUGAGCACCAACCUCCAAAGAUUGCUGACCGGGAAGAUGAAUACAAAAAGCACAGGCGGACCAUGAUAAUUUCCCCAGAGCGUCUUGAUCCUUUUGCAGAUGGAGGGAAGACCCCUGAUCCUAAAAUGAAUGCUAGAACUUACAUGGAUGUAAUGCGAGAGCAGCAUUUGACUAAAGAAGAGAGAGAAAUUAGGCAACAACUAGCAGAAAAAGCUAAAGUUGGAGAACUGAAAGUCAUCAAUGGAGCAGUAGUGUCCCAGCCUCCCUCAAAACGAAAAUGGGAUCAAACAGCUGAUAAGACUCCUGGUGCCACUCCCCAAAAGCUGUCACGUUGGAAUCAAGCAGAGACCCCUGGACAUACCCCUCCCUUAAGAUGGGAUGAGACACCAGGCCAUGCAAAGGGAAGUGAGACUCCUGGAGCAACCCCAGGCUCAAAAAUAUGGGAUCCUACACCAAGUCACACACCAGCGGGAGCUGCUACUCCUGGACGCGGUGAUACACCAGGCCAGGCAACACCAGGCCAUGGAGGCGCAACUUCCAGUGCUCAUAAAAACCGAUGGGAUGAGACCCCCAAGACAGAAAGAGACACUCCUGGGCAUGGAAGUGGAUGGGCUGAGACUCCUCGAACAGAUCGAGGUGGAGAUUCAAUUGGUGAAACACCCACUCCUGGAGCCAGUAAAAGGAAAUCACGUUGGGAUGAAACACCAGCUAGUCAGAUGGGUGGAAGCACUUCUGUUCUGACCCCUGGGAAAACACCAAUUGGCACACCAGCCAUGAACAUGGCUACCCCUACUCCAGGUCACAUAAUGAGUAUGACUCCUGAACAGCUUCAGGCUUGGCGUUGAGAAAUUGAUGAGAGAAAUCGCCCACUUUCUGAUGAUGAAUUAGAUGCGUUUCCAGAAGGAUAUAAGGUACUUCCUCCUCUACCUGGUUAUGUUCCUAUUCGAACUCCAGCUCGAAAGCUCACAGCCACUCCAACACCUUUGGGUGGUCUGACUGGUUUCCACAUGCAAACUGAAGACAGAACUAUGAAAAGUGUCAAUGACCAACCAUCUGGAAAUCUUCCCUUUUUAAAACCUGAUGAUAUUCAGUACUUUGAUAAACUUUUGGUUGAUGUUGAUGAA